GUCAAUAUUGAGGACUCAUGCCAGCGUUGUGAUGGUAAAGGGUAUGAACCUGGCACAAAGGUGCAGCAUUGCCAUUACUGUAAUGGAACUGGGAUGGAAACUAUAAACACUGGGCCAUUUGUUAUGCGCUCUACAUGCCGGAGAUGUGGUGGCCGUGGCUCAGUGAUUACAACCCCUUGUGUUUUAUGUCGUGGGAGUGGACACACUAAACAGAAACGAAUGGUGAUGGUUCCUGUACCAGCAGGAGUGGAAGAUGGACAGACAGUACGAAUGCCUGUUGGGAAGAAAGAGAUAUUUAUAACUUUUCGGGUCCAGAAGAGUCCUGUGUUCAGGAGAGAUGGGGCAGAUAUUCAUUCUGACCUUUACAUCUCAGUAGCUCAGGCAAUCCUGGGAGGCACCGCCCGAGCACAGGGCCUGUAUGAGACACUUAAUAUAGCAAUACCACCUGGAUCUCAAGCUGACCAGAGAGUUCGACUGGCUGGAAAGGGUAUCCCUCGAGUGAAUAGCUACGGAUAUGGAGAUCAUUUCAUUCAUAUCAAAAUUCGGAUCCCAAAGAAUUUGACAAACAGGCAGAGGGAUUUGAUUUUAAGUUAUGCUGAGGAAGAGUCAGAUGUUGAUGGAACAGUAAACGGAAUUACAAAUACGGCUUCUGGGAGGCGGUCAACUGGGAACUAGAUUAUGGAUGUGCCACUUCUACAAUUACAGCUAUCAGAAGAAUUUACAGCAAAAUUCAAAACCCCUGGCAUCCCACUUAUGCCUGGCUAGUGAUUAGCUCAGCAGGCCUGUUCACGCCAUUGUCUACUUGUCUAACUAGAGCGAUCCGUAUCUGUGGCCGAGAUAGUCAUAGGUUUGAGAGUGAUUUGGAAAGCUUUUCAUAAUUGUCCAAUUCUCCUAACGUACAUAAGCAGCUUCUAGUCAGUCACUUGAACAUCACUUUUCUUUCCAAAGAGACAUUUGCUACACAAGGUUUAUGUCGGUGUGACCUGAGGUAUUACAAUCGAGCUGUGUCAUACAUGCCAUUCUGUCAAAUGUAUGUGAGCGCGGGUUGACAAGGUGUUUUUCAGGAGAGACAAUUAGAGAGGAGUCUUCAAAGCUGAAUGUUUCUGAAAUAUUUAUAUUGAACAUGGUUUGGCAUAUCAGAUGAGCCUUGUACUGUGUUCCUGACCGACCUCGGGUAUUUUUGGAUAUGUAAGAUAUUGUCAAUUAAAGGUCUGCUAUAGUCGUGCUAUGUAUGAACUUAGCGUUCAUGGGUAAGACUGUGUACAGUAAUAUCAGUUUGUAAAUAAAAAUAGGAGGCAAGUAUUUAAGUCAGAUCUUGUUUCUGUUCUCUAUUGCACAGUCCAUUGUCCUUGAAAUAUAAUAAUAAUAAACUAAUUUGAUUUAUUA